AUGGUCUCUCUCACAUACUCUGCACCAGCUCCUUCCGACAAUGAUCCCGUUUUCAUUCGCACCCACUUCCUUGGCCGUGUUGCCUCGGACGCCUCGGGCCUCGACUACCAGCACGAGCUCCUGAAGCGACGUAGCAGCCGACACAGCGAACUCAACCGCUGGAGUGCCAACUGGCUCGCACCUGUCACCAGCACGUUGAACUACGACAGCGACGAGUCGAGCGAUACGGACGAUGAUGCGUUCGACUACGACUCUCAGUCUGCUAGCAACAGCUUCAGCUCUGCUUAUCAUGCUCGCAGUCGAUCUUCGACACUCCCAUUCACCGAUGCAUGGAGCUUCCCCGCCGAGUCGAUCCGUGCUCGUUCCAUGACCGCUCCUUCCAUCGCCUCAUCCUCCACCACCCACGAGGCUCCCACUUUGCACAGGAGCAGAUCCAACAUCGGCUCUGAAACCCGAUUGAUGCCUGCGCGUCCACUCAGCAUCGACACUGCCCAGCCGCUUCGUCUGCCUUCUCUCAACGUCUCCACUCUUCCUAGCUCAUCUUCGGCAUCAAUCGAGGUACCUUCUCCCAUCGCAACCGUCGGUCCAUCUCCAAAGACUUGCAGUCCUCCUGUUGUGCGCAUCGAAUGCUCUGAAUCGGACGGCUCUUGCCACGGCGAUGCCGGUGAUCAGGAUCCCGAGGCACAGCUUGCGGCGGGCAUCAUCCGUCUUCGCGAGCAACGUCGACACUCUUGCUCGCCGAAAGCGUCACGCCGCACUAUCUCGAAGCGCCGUUCGUCGAUGCAACUGCCGCGUUCGGUUUCUCAGGCUCAGCCGAAAUUGUUCGGAGAUGUCGACUCGGAUCAAGCGCAGAGCGACAUCAUCCGAAGCUACGGCGGCAACUUUGUGCUUCGAUUGGCAGAGAUGGCGCUCGACUUCGGAUCGUCCGCGCUCGAAAGGCUCGUGGCUUCAAGCAGCGAUAAUUCAUCCGACGAGCGCGCGUCGCCGGCUCAGCUCUCGCCUCUCGAGCCCCGCCGUCGUUCGUCGACCACCCCGCAGGAGCUCAAUGCCGAGGCUGGCGAGCUUCUGCGUCGUCGUCGCGAGCGCAACAGCAAGUUGGCAUCGGAGGACAAGGCGACUCUGACCCGAUCCUGGUCCGUUCCCAAGCUGCUCAGCCUUCCUCUCUUCAGCCCUUCGGCUUCCCUCCGAGCUCUUUCGGCCACUACCGCUUCGACUCCUACCACUCCCACGGGUGCGCCCACCCACCUGCGUCCAAACUUUGGCUUCACCAGUAUCAGCCACAAGACGUCCAAGUACGACGAGCCCAAGUCCUUUGACGACGUCGCGACCACCUUUAGCCGACAGAGCGCGACACUCCACACCCAGCUACCUAGCGCCGGCAACACUUCGCCUGAAGCCCCUGCCGUCUCGCCUCUUUGGAGGCAGUAA